UUUUUUUUUUUUUUCUUCCCUAACAUUAGGAGUUGUCUAUAAAUCCGCAGCCUUUAAUUCAUUUUCUCUCUCCAAAUUUUCGGACAUUUUUUUUACCCAUUUGCCUUAAUUCGCAGAUUAUUCUUCCCAGUAAGUUCUAAUUAUUCAUCUGAUUUUUUGUUUCGAAUAAAUUGCUUGAAUUAGCAUAAUUUAAGUUGCUUCAAAUUUUAUUAUUACAUAAUUCAUAUGUAUGAAUCAUUUCUUAUAUUAUCAUAAAAUCUGAAUUUAGUUGGUUAUUAUCUUGCUUAUUUGAAAUAAUUGUUUCUUAUUUGGGAAGAUGAAACCUAGUUGUAGGAUCCUAUCAAAAUGUAGAAAUCUAAGGAGUUUUGCUCAACAACCCCUAAUUUGCCCACAUUUGCCAAGUGGGGAUUUGUUGAAAUUCAAGGUUUUUGAUUAUAAUCGCAAAAUUCAUAGCUACCCAUUUCAAUUACUUGGAUUUCGAAGUGAAUUUCAUCAUACCCAGAAAAAUUUAUGCUCAAAUCAGCCAAGUUUUGGGCAAUCUAGGAUUUGUUUUAUGGUUGGAUUAGGUAGAAAUAGGUUUUUGGUUGGAUGUGAUUCCUCUGAUGUGAGGGAUUAUUCGACAUCGGUUGAACCCGGGGUGAAUGAUAAGAAUUUUGAGAGUGUUUAUCUGAAGGGAGGGGUGAAUGUUAAGCCGUUUGUGGUUGAGAAAACAACUGAGGAUGAAGAAAUUUUAAAGGGGGAACAAGGGGAUGUUAUUGAAAAAACUGUUGAGGAUGAGAGUGAUGAGGAUUUAAGGGUUGAAAGUCGAAAGACAGAGGAGUCGGAGAUUGAGAAAGAGGCUUGGAGGCUGCUGCGGAAUUCCAUUGUCACUUAUUGCAACAGCCCAGUUGGGACGGUGGCUGCAAAUGAUCCAAAUGACAAAACGCCGCUUAAUUAUGAUCAGGUGUUUCUUCGUGAUUUUGUCCCCUCAGCACUCGCUUUCUUGAUGAAGGGAGAAGGGGAGAUUGUCAAGAAUUUCCUCCUCUAUACUUUGCAGCUGCAGAGUUGGGAGAAAACUGUUGACUGCUACAGCCCAGGACAAGGGUUGAUGCCUGCAAGCUUCAAAGUUAGGACUGUACCACUUGAUGAUAGUAGUGGGAAAUUUGAAGAGGUUUUAGAUCCUGAUUUUGGUGAAUCUGCUAUUGGUCGUGUUGCGCCAGUUGAUUCUGGAUUAUGGUGGAUCAUCUUACUAAGGGCUUAUGGAAAGCUCACUGGUGAUUUCGCACUGCAAGAGAGGGUGGAUGUCCAGACUGGAAUCAGAUUGAUCUUAAAUUUGUGCUUAAGCGAUGGGUUUGAUAUGUUUCCUACACUUCUGGUCACUGAUGGAUCUUGCAUGAUAGAUCGACGAAUGGGUAUACAUGGGCAUCCCCUUGAGAUUCAAGCAUUAUUUUACUCAGCCUUGCGCUGUUCCCGUGAGAUGCUAGUUGAAGAUGAAGGAUCUAAGAAUCUCAUCAGGGCUGUCAAUAAUAGACUGAGUGCCCUCUCUUUUCAUAUCCGAGAAUACUAUUGGGUAGACAUGAAAAAGAUCAAUGAAAUUUACCGGUAUAAAACAGAAGAAUAUUCCAUGGAUGCUAUUAACAAGUUCAACAUUUACCCUGAACAAAUCCCUCAUUGGUUGAUGGAUUGGAUUCCAAGUGAAGGUGGAUAUAUGCUUGGUAACCUUCAGCCAGCUCACAUGGAUUUUCGAUUCUUCACACUUGGAAAUCUUUGGAGUAUCGUUUCUUCCAUGGGUACUCCAAAACAGAAUCAAGCAAUUUUGAACCUGAUUGAAGCCAAGUGGGAUGACUUUAUUGGGCAGAUGCCUCUAAAGAUAUGUUAUCCUGCUGUGGAGAAUGAGGAAUGGCGUAUAAUUACAGGCAGUGACCCAAAGAAUACCCCUUGGUCAUAUCACAAUGGUGGAACUUGGCCUACGCUUCUAUGGCAGUUUACAUUGGCAUGUAUCAAAAUGGGCCGGACAGAUUUGGCAGAGAAGGCAGUUGAAAUGGCAGAAAAGCAGCUUCCUGCUGAUCGAUGGCCUGAAUAUUACGAUACCCGUUUUGGAAAGUUUGUUGGGAAGCAAGCACGGCUUUACCAAACCUGGACAAUUGCUGGGUUCCUCGCUUCCAAAAUGAUGCUGCAGAAUCCACAUAUGGCAUCCUUGCUUUAUUGGGAUGAGGAUUAUGAGCUUCUGGAGAUUUGUGUUUGUGGGUUAACCAAAAGUGGCCGCAAAAAGUGCUCUCGUUGGGCUGCAAAGUCUCAUAUUAUCUAGAAUUUUUGGAGGCAGAUAUACCUUUGAAAAAAAGACAUUGUAUAGUACAUACUACGUAUUUCUUAGCUAGAGAAAUGGGGGUUGUUUUUUUUUGUCCCUCACAGAAAUUUGUCAAUCAGUAGCUUCCUUAAGUCAUUAUUUAGCUAAUGGGAAAGUUGGCUCGAUUGCUAGAGCAUUGAGGAAGCUCUGGCCAUAUUUUUGUAUAUACUGUGACUGAUGAUUACUGACCCAGUUUGGGUGAUCUUACAGAGAAAAAUAGGACGAAAUUUAUACAAACAUUUCUGAUUUCUUGCUCCUCAGUUUAAGUUUUUUUUGUUUAAAAGCUACUCUUGUUUGUAAAAUUUGACAGUAUCAGUAAAUUGUAAGUUCAGAUAUUGUUUGUAUGAAGUAGUUUAUAGUAGAGGUUAUAAUUGUGGA